AUCCCAACCUAGAGCUAUAGCUGCUAGCUGCCCUCCUGCAGGCUAAAGAAGAACCACAGCCAAUCUAUAGUUGUUAACACUCUCUCCAGAUCCAACACAAAAAUAAAGAUGCAUGCUAUCUGUGUCAUGUUCCUUCUACUGUUGAUAAAACUGCAUCAUUCAUUAGGAAGAGAAUGUGUGAUUGAAGGCAUCCCAGGAGUAUCAGCUUCAGAUGACAGCAACAUCCACACAAUCCUUGUCCCCUCUGGUGAGACUAGCAUCACACUGGAGCUCACCUGCAAAUGUUCACUGUAUGUUCCCCAGUGGCAUAUUCAAGCUCUAGAGGAGGAGAGCAGUCAGUUCUUUACUCAUCCCAUCCAUUGCAUCAAUGGUACAAGGCCUUGCAGUCAUACCUACAUCCCUCGGAACAAGAAAUCCCAGGGCCUCUUUGUGUAUCUGAGAAAUAACUUUACCAUCACAGAGAGUACAGCACUGAUGUGCUUCUCAAAUAUUGACAGGGAUGCUCUGAUUGUAUCUUUCUCUAAUGAUGAUGAAGGAAGCUCCACUGUCAUUCAGUCAGUACUGACUACAACAGUAACAGAAACAAAGACAAUAACAAGGAGCUUAACAGCAACAAGUACAAUCAUACGGACUGGUACCACCAGCAUGUGUAGCAGCAGCAAUAACAAACCAAUUAGAGCCACCUCUCAAGAUAAUACUCCCAGCACAUCAAUUACUGGAGCCAGUUCUCAAGCUAAUACAAUCGAUGCAACUAAUAGUGCAGCAGUAACUCAAACGCCAAUUAUAGGAGGUACUAAAGGUAUUAUGGAAUCAGUAGGUGGUCCUACAUCAGUAGUGUUAAUAGUGCUAGUGUUGAUGCUAAUAGUAAUAAUCAUCGGGCUCUGUGGUGUGAUAAUAUGUAUGAAGACAAGAAAUAAACAAAGAGAGACCGUGGUACAAGAGAUAUCAAGUGAAUCCAAUUCAGCUGAUUCCAACAGACUCAGUGACAUACCACUGCUCUGGCGUAACUCAAACGCAUCCGAGAUCGGUGAACUAGCCGCUACUCACAUGCCACGAUCAUUCUCAACUCCGCUGAAAAGUUUAUCGACUAGUUAUAAUACUAAUACUAACAACAAUAAGGAUGACUUUAGGAUUGCUAUGCAUUAUAUGACGGACACCAGUAGCCCAGCUAAUCAACCAGUCAGUGGAGAUGAUGAUGAAAUAUUUCCAAACCCUGACGCUGAGAAUAUAUGAAGAGCUGUCUCUUUUGAACUUCAAUAAUUCACUCAUUACUAAUAUCUUCAAAUAACUCUGAAUUCCUCACAUAAUAAUAUCACUCUAAAGCUCCAACAGACUCAAUGCUCAAUAUUAAAUGUUAUUAUUAUUAUUAUAAUGUUGUAAUUAUCAUCUUUCGUUGUUUUUAAUAACAUAUAUGUAUUCACUUGUGUAUAGCAUAAUGAUAUUUUUUAAAAGUUAACAUCCAAAACAAACUGAA